AUGGACAAUGGCUUAACAACUAAGACGUUUCUUUUUGUCAAUGUUUCUGUGCUUUGCGGAGAAAAAUAUGACUUGUGCCUGAGAGCGUUCGACGUUCGACUUUCCGCCAGUUUCGCACUCUUGGCUCUGGUGCUGUCCUUUGCCGACGCCUAUGACCCAAGCCCCCUGCAGGACAUCUGUGUGGCUGUCGGCGAACCCAAAAAUGCUCUGUUCGUGAAUGGAAAGUUCUGCAAGAACCCCGCUCUUACCACAGCAAACGACUUCCUCUUUUCCGGCCUCCAAGUUCCUAGAAGCACGGCCAAUCCCGUGGGCUCCACAGUCACCACGGUGUUCGUGGACCAGCUACCAGGACUCAAUACCCUCGGCAUUUCCAUGGUUCGUAUUGACUUUGGAAUAGGUGGUUUAAAUCCUCCGCACACUCACCCUCGUGCGUCCGAGAUUUUGCUCGUUCUGGAGGGCACCCUCUAUGCGGGCUUUGUCACGUCCAACGAACUGAACAAUACUUUCUUUGAGAAAGUCCUCCACCCUGGAGAUGUCUUCGUUUUCCCGUUCGGGAUGAUUCACUUCCAGCUCAAUGUUGGAAAGACCAAAGCAGUCGCGAUCGCCACUCUAAGCAGCCAAAACCCAGGAAUCAUGACUAUAGCCAAUGCAUUGUUUAACGCAAAGCCGCCUAUUUUCCCCGAGGUUCUGGCCAAGGGGUUCCAAGUGGAUGAGAAGUUUGUUGAGAAACUUCAGAAGAAGUUCUGGUACUACAAUAAUGUCUGAGAAAUGCAUCUGACAAUGUCGUCAUCUCUGUGUACUUGAAUAAAACCUGAAGUCUUCUGAUGAAGUUCCUAGUUCAAGUAUGAAGAAAGUUUCCGUCUGUCACAUCUUAUAUUGAUUUCAGGAUAAUAAGACUGUUGUUUUCUACACCA